AUGGGUGUGCGCUGCGCCGCGUGCCGGGUGCUGCUGGCGCUGCUGAGCCUGUGGCCGGGCCCGGCGGGCGCCGCCCCCCGCCCGCGGCCCCCCGACGCCCGCGCCGACCUCGACGGCAUCGCCCAGCUCGCCAAGGCCCUGCUCAGCGACACCAAGGCCUUCGUCGCCCUCCUCAAGUCGCGGUUCCCGGCCGAGGGGGAGCACAAGCUGGACUCGCUGCCCGUCCUCGCCAUGGGCGCCCUGGAGCUCGCCAACAUCCAGGUGAGCGCCCGGGCGCUGGCGCGGCUCAGCGCGGACCUGCGGCGCUACCAGCGGCACCUGGAGUGGCUGCGGCGGGCGGCCGCGCUGCGGCCGCUCGAGCCCGAGCUGGGCGCGCUGCACGGGCGCCUCGAGCGCCUGCUGCGCCGCCUCGACCACCUGCUGUCGCGGCUGAGCGUGGCGCGCCCCAGCGAGCCGCCGCCGCCGCCGCCGCCGCCGGGCUCGCCGUGGGCGGCCGUGCAGGCCGGGCACGCCGUGUUCCGCGGCCUCCACCUCUACCUGGACUGGGCCGCGCGCGCCCUCGUGCUCCUGCGCAACCGGCUGUGAGCGGCCCGCGCCGCCCUAUUUAUUUAUUUAUUGCCGCCGGGGCUCGGUUAUUCUAUU